UUGGAGUCGUCACACAGAGCUCAGCCGACCGUCGUAGUGUGCAUUUACCUCAGUGUUUUGGCCUGACCUGAUCAUGAAGAUAACGUUAGUUCUCUUCGGCUUCUUCUUUGCCUCAGUGCAAUGCAACGUCACUAAACCCGAGGUUGUCUCUCUUUCUCCUGCCCAGGCAUUGGAAGGAAGAACCCCCAUUGCAGGUGCAGAUGCAGAAGUUUUGGACGAAGGAACAGCCGAAUACACAGAGGAGAAAGCCGGAGGCGGAAAUUCUGAGGCUCCACCUACACCUAAACCUGAGCCGACACCUGGUAAAAUACAAGAUUGUAAACCAACCGACGCAUGCAGUGGUAACGGUGGCUAUUGCAUCGCAAACACCAAUAAAAAUGACUGCGACGGCCUCCUCUUUCCAAAUGAGUGCAGAUCUGCCCAGUGCUCCUGCUGUGUACAAGUGAAAGUGAACGAAUGCGCAGCAGGGACAGACACCUGCCCCGCCAACUCAGAAUGUCAUGAUAAAGAAGCAGGAUAUGAAUGUGCUUGCAACGUAGGCUUUGAGCAAUGUGGAGAUAUAAAUGAAUGUGACAGCAAUCCAUGUGGUCCAAACAUGCGGUGCCAAAAUACAUAUGGAAGCUAUGAAUGUAUCUGCAACUCUGGAUUCGAGAAAGUCAACGGUGCUUGUGUUGACAUCAACGAAUGUACUAAUACUACGAAUCCCUGUGGACCCAACAGUGUCUGCUCCAAUAGUCCCCCCGGAAGUUUCAGCUGCAGCUGCAAUGCGGGAUUCGUUCUCUGUGAUGGCACUUGUGUGGAUAAGAAUGAGUGCGACAGCAAUCCCUGCCCUGCUAACACCAUUUGUCAGAACACGGACGGGAGCUACCAAUGUAUUUGUCCAACAGGAUUCACCAACCAGACCGGUUCUUGCGUUGAUGUCAAUGAGUGCAGUUCCAGCCCUUCUCCCUGUACGGACCUGGAAAGGUGCAUCAAUACUCCUGGAAAUUAUUCCUGCGUCUGUCAGAAAUGUUCACCGAGGUGCGACCGAGGAGGAGUUCUCCUACCCAACAAUGUUUGUGUCUCGGUCAUAUACCUUCCUUCGUCUCCGAUGACCUGGGAUGAAGCAUCUAUGCGCUGUGGGACCUUGUAUAAACCAAGUCCGUUUUCAUACGUAAAUGUGGUCGGUAAUCUGUUCUUCAGCAACACAAAUGAAAGCGCCUGGGUUGAGGGUAUAAAAGCCAUAGGUACCAACUUUAGAAACUGCCCAGCCAUUUCGAAUGAUGGUGCCUACUUCAUGUCUGUUAUGGAACCUUGUGACACCAGAUACCCUUAUGCUAUUUGCUCGGUCCCAAGACUUUGGUAGCGAGCAAUUCUGAAUUCUGACGCUGUCAUCAGGAAUAAAUCAUUUCCUCAAGAGAAAUGAUUUGAUAUUGAUGUUUGGAUGAAAAGAGGGAAUUGCCAGUUUCCCAAAACCCCAGUGUUUUAUGGAGAAGAUCAAAGAUGAACGAAUUCCUUGCAUUCUCUGUUUCUUCAUCAAAUAAAAGUUAUUCAUGUCA